UAAAGAACAGGAAGCGAAGCGUUUGUGUUCUAACGCAUCCCAACAGGCGUUGUCACAUUAAUUGCUGGUGCAGCGGACAAUUCGCGUUUUUUACGAUCUCAAGGUUCUGUUCAGGAUGUUUGGGAGCCUGCUGAUCACGGCUCUCUGUGGAGCAGCAGUGGCCCUGAUGGACCCGGAUCUGGACCAGCACUGGGAGAUGUGGAAGAACAAACACAGUAAGAUCUACAAGGGCCAGGUCGAAGAGUAUGGGCGACGGAUAAUUUGGGAGAAGAACCUGCAGCUCAUCACCCUGCACAACUUGGAGGCUUCUAUGGGCAUGCACACCUAUGACCUGGGCAUGAACCACCUCGGUGAUCUGACCACGGAGGAGAUCAUGCAGACUCUGACUGGGCUCCAGAUUCCUUCUGACCUGGAGCGGGGCACAACCACCUUCGUCAGAAACUCUGGGGUCUCUGUGCCGGAUUCCCUUGACUGGAGGGAAAAGGGCUAUGUCACAAGUGUGAAGAUGCAGGGGGGCUGCGGGUCUUGUUGGGCCUUCAGUGCAGUGGGGGCUCUGGAGGGUCAGCUAAUGAGGACCACAGGAAAGAUUGUGGACCUCAGCCCCCAGAACCUGGUGGACUGCUCCUCCAAGUAUGGCAACAAGGGCUGCAAUGGGGGCCUCAUGCACCAGGCCUUCAGAUAUGUCAUUGACAACCAUGGUAUCGACUCAGAGGCUUCCUACCCAUACACCGGCACACAAGGGGAGUGCAGAUACAAAGCAGACUACCGUGCAGCCAACUGCUCCAACUACAGCUUCCUGCCCGAGGGUGACGAAGAGGCGCUGAAGACGGCCUUGGCUAACAUCGGACCCAUCUCUGUGGCCAUAGACGCCACCAGGCCCCAGUUUGCUUUCUACCGUAGUGGUGUGUAUGAUGACCCCAGUUGCACCCAGAAAGUGAACCACGGCGUUCUUGCUGUUGGGUAUGGCAGUAUGGGAGGACAGGAUUACUGGCUGGUGAAGAACAGCUGGGGGGUGCAUUUCGGUGAUCAGGGCUAUAUCCGGAUGGCGAGGAACAAAGGAGACCAGUGUGGAAUCGCCCUGUAUGCCUGCUAUCCCAUAAUGUGAUUCAUUGCCAAUAUAGGCGAUGGCCUGAUUGGCUGAUCAAAAUCACUUGUUUUAAAUUCAGCCUCAGUGGAAAUUCAGUUUCCUCACAGCACUUUCCUAACUGUUAACAACACUGUAUUUUAAU